AUGUACGACGAGACCGACGACGACGAUAACACUAAUGACGACUAUAAUGAGACUAUUGAGACUAAUGAAGAUGAUGUAGAUGACGACGACAACAACGAUGAUGGAAAUGACGACAACGACGAUGAUGGCAAUGACGACGACAACGACGAUGAUGGAAAUGACGACGACAACGACGAUGAUGGAAAUGACGACGACAACGACGAUGAUGGAAAUGACGACGACAACGACGAUGAUGAAAAUGACGACGACAAUGACGAUGAUAAAGACGGUGACGAUGAUGACAACGACGAUGUACACAGCAGAUCUCCAGAGCGGACCACACCAACAUCAGUGCAACUCCAUCACCGAUCCUCACUGAUCGACGCGAUGGACCUGGCCGUCGAUCUCAGGAUCAAAGCUUUCUGCGGGCCACUGCAGCUACGGCAUAAACUUGCAGUUCAAACCCAGUCAUCUCCAGAGAUCAAUAUUCUCCCACCCCAGUAUGGCGAAGUGAACACUAUCCCGCAAGUGCAGACAGUGCUGUCAAAAAUGACUGAAAUCCCAAGUAGACCUGCGCGCAGAUCAGUGUGGAAGAGGUCCAAAAGACGCGUCUGGAAAUGCUUCGUGAACGUGGCACGCAGAAUAUGUUUCUGCCAAAGUAUUGUGAACGUGGAAUAA